CCUCACAUAUCCACGGCCUGCGUAACAAGCGGAUGCAACGGCGCAUCGCGAUCACACUGCUAGUAGCCCAACUUAUGAGACACUCUGCACUAGUGAGCUGGUGGGCGGGCCUGAGGCACCCCGAGCAGCAGUCUCCUCCUUCAGAGCAUGCUCCCAGCUUCACUCUCCUGGGGGUGAUGCCCUGUUACUGGAGUAAUAAAGCUCCUGGAUGCCCGCCCAGGGGCAUGAUGUGUGGCUCAUAUUCAUCUGACCAGCUCCCUGCUCUCCCAUCCACUCCUGAGCUCUGUCAAUUCCAGCCAACUGCAGCGUGUCUGAGGUGUCCAUCCUUCUGUGACCGUCCGAACAGAAUGGCGGCCUUUAAGGGAAUCUGGACCAAGGACUUCUGGAGGGCUGUGUCCGGGGAGUUCCUGGCCACCCUCAUCUUCGUUCUCCUCAGCCUGGGCUCCACCAUCAACUGGGCGGCGGGGGAGGAGAAGCCCCCGCCCGCAGACCUGGUCCUCAUCUCUCUCUGCUUCGGCCUCAGCAUCGCCACCAUGGUGCAGUGCUUCGGACACGUCAGCGGGGGCCACAUCAACCCGGCGGUGACGGCCGCCAUGGUGGUGACCAGGAAGCUGAGCCUGGCCAAGGCCAUGUUCUAUGUGGUGGCCCAGUGUCUGGGGGCCAUCUCUGGGGCAGGCCUCCUCUACCUGGUCACCCCGGAGGCUGUCAGAGGGGGUCUGGGAGCCACCACGGUGAACUCCCAGAUCUCGGUGGGCCAUGCUCUUGUGGUGGAGCUCCUCAUCACGUUCGAGCUGGUCUUCACCGUGUUUGCCACCUGUGACCCCAAACGCAGCGACCUCAACGGCUCAGCAGGCCUGGCCAUUGGGUUUGCGGUCGCCAUCGGCCACCUGUUCGCUAUUCCAUACACUGGAGCCAGCAUGAAUCCAGCCCGUUCGUUUGGACCGGCAGUGGUCACACUGAACUUCGAGAACCACUGGGUGUACUGGGUGGGUCCAAUCCUGGGGGGCAUCCUGGCGGCUGCCCUGUACGAGUACCUGUUCUGCCCCGACCCAGAGCUGAAGAGCAGGCUUCAGGACGUCUUCAAGAAGGACACGUCUGGGAAGUACCUGGAGGUGGAGAGUGGUGUGUACCAGGGAGACCCUGACGACCUGGUCAUCAAGCCUGGCUCCAUCCACGCCGGUGACCUGGACAAGUCCCUGAAGAAGGACCCUUCCCGGGACUGUUCGGGUGAGGUGCUGUCCUCGGUAUGACUAUCACGCGCCCUGGAGAUGGAGACCAACCUGUAGAGCAUGGAGGGUGGUGCGUGCAGUGAGAGUGACAUCUCCACCCUCCACUCUGGUUUCUGGCCAGAGACUCCGUCUUCAGAGCGAACGUCGAUUGCUUGGCUUCCUGCCUCAUCAGCUGUGUUACCUCGGGUUACAGCCUCCGAUGUCAGAAACAACUGGCUUUUGUGGGACUUUGAACAUUGCUCUUGCCAACCCAUCACCCUUUCUUCUCCCUUUAAAUGUACUUGUGUUUUGCAUGUCAGGCUGUUCCACUAGUGAUGCAUUCUGUCAGCGAAAUAUGUGUAGGUCAAACAUCAUCACGCUGAAGAUGGGAAGGCAAGUCAAACGCAGCCUUGUUAUUUUUGGAUUAGUGUCACAUUUUGAAUAUGCGUAGGCAUUGACUGAAGAGGCCUUCCCUGGGGUCGUUGAGCACAUUACAAAUCCCAUGUUGAACAGUUUCUAGUCAUAGGUUGAUAGAUUUAGCCUUCCUUCCGAGUAUUUGGGGGAUUCUCGCUUUUUGGCCAUGUUAGUCAGGAAAAUGUCUGCCAUAUUUGGAUUCUGCACUUGUAAAACGUUACAGUUUCUUCCAUUUUGUAGAUGUUUUAUCACAUAGUAGAUGUUAGAUAAAAGUAAAACUUGAAAUCUGAAGAUUUUCAUGUGUCUUAAUUGUGAUUUUAACUUGUUUUUGUCAUUGCUUAAUGUCAAUAUUGAGUUAUUAAUGUUAAAAGCUCAAGGUUAUCUUAUUGUAUAAUGAAUAUGUUUUUUUACAUAAAACCUUGUACCUUGCCUGGCCUCUAAAACCAUUUUCCAAAGACUCAUUCUGUGGGAAAACAAAACGCAUCUUUGAUUCACUGAAACAGAAGAGAAUGACAAGAUACAGAGCUGAGGCAGGACAUUCUGGAUUUGAUUAAUGUGGUCAUCAUCAAGCUCAAGUGUAUGUUAUGUAUGAUGAAUGCAUUUGGUUAAUUGUUUAGUCCUGUGCCUGAUACUGAGACACAGAUGGGAGUUGUAGUUUUAACUUCCAUUCCUCGGUUAUAUCUACAUCCAUUGAAAAUGUAUUUUCUUCCCACUUCCUUAAACUCUUACAGCACAGACUUCUGGCAAUAGAAAUUCAGCAGAGUAGAGGAGACAGGCUCACAGUAAUGAUGGAUGAUCACAGCUCUGUGUGGACUAUGUUCUCCUAGUGUUCCCCAGGCCAGAUGAAUGGCUGUGCUGCCGUUUCAUUCUGAGUUGAUAUCUCUGAAAGUAGCCUUGUUUCAUCUCGCCUCAUCCGUGGGAACACUGACAAAAUGCGCUGCCCAGUUACACACAAUAGUGGUGAUUUGUCACAAUAACACUUUAUUUCCUCUGAAAAAGUAACAAGUACAAUAUUAUUGGGGACCAUGUGGUUUCCAUGGUUUCUUCCAUGCUGAGUAAUAAAAAGUAAAGGGCGCUGAUUAGGCAGACAGAUUGUGUCACUGUCACAACAAAGCUGUGGGGAAAUGCUUUUAUUGUGAAUGGGAGUCAAUUUUGUUCUGACACUAAAUCAUGUCAUACCGUAUACCCUUUGUGUGUACACAACUUCCUUCCCCUGAUGAAAAUGUAUGACUACAGCGCCACCCAUUGGACAUGUUUAUACGAGAAACUGUAAUACUGUACAUUUGUACC